UCCCCAGCAGGCUCCUCUGGGUGUCUAAUACAGUGGAAAUUCAAAGAGCGAGCCUCCCCACUUCACACACUCUCCCGUGCCGCGCGUGGAGCGCAGCGGAGAGAUAGACUCUCCUCACAAAGCCGCGUAAAGUUCGCAAAUAUGUUGUAAAGUUACGCAUGAGGACUCCCGUUGCUUUAAGCUGUGACGUCCGUGCGUAUUUCUACGCAAUGUCCAGGCUGUGGUGACUUUUACGCACGACACUAGACAUGGAUCGGAGGCCCUCCAAGGGCAGCUGGCUGCCAGUGACCGGGCUGGUCCUCUCCCUGCUGCUGUGCGCCUGCGUGGUGGACUUGGUGCUGGCGCAAAUCCGCUACUCCAUCCCCGAGGAGCUGGAGCACGGAGCCUUCGUGGGCAACAUCGCGGAGGACCUGGGCUUGGAUGUGGCCAAGCUGUCCGCGCGUCGCUUCCGAAUAGUCUCCGGUGCCAAGAAGCAGUAUUUGGAAGUCAACUUGGAGAACGGCAUUUUGUUUGUGAACGAGAAAAUAGACAGAGAGGAGCUUUGUGAGCGCAGCCCCAGCUGUUUUUUGCACCUGCAAGUUGUCAUCGAGAACCCUUUGGAGCUGUACAGAGUGGAAGUGGAGAUUUUAGACGUGAAUGACAAUUCUCCCAGCUUCCCGUGGAGCGAAUUCAACAUAGACAUCACCGAGUCGGCCGCGCCCGGUUCCUGCUUCCCGUUAGAGAGCGCGCAGGACUUGGAUGUGGGCACGAACUCGCUGCGCUCCUACCAGCUGAGCGCCAACGAGCAUUUCAUCCUCAACAUCCAGACGCGUAACGACGGCAGCAAGUUCGCGGAGCUGGUGUUGGACACCCCGCUGGACCGGGAGCGUGAAAAGAAACACGAGAUGGUUCUGACCGCUUUUGACGGCGGCUCACCGGAGCGCACCGGGACCGCGCUGAUCACUAUAACAGUGCUGGACGCCAACGACAACGUGCCCGUGUUCGACCGCUCCGUGUACCGGGCCAGCUUGGUGGAGAACGCGCCGCGGGGCACGCCGGUGCUGAAGCUCAACGCCACCGACUUGGACGAGGGCUCCAACGGGGAGGUGACGUACGCCUUCAGCGGGCACGCGCCUCUCAAAGUGCGGGAGCUGUUCAGCGUGGACCCGUACACGGGCGAGAUCCGCGUCAAGGGCGUCGUGGACUACGAGAAAGCGAGCGUGUUCGAGCUGUACGUGCAGGCCAGGGACCGGGGACCCUCGGCGGUCGCCGUGCACAGCAAAGUCCUGGUGGACAUCGUGGACGUGAACGACAACACCCCGGAGGUCAUCCUCACGUCCGUGUCCACACCGGUGCUGGAGGACGCGCCGCCCGGCACGGUGAUCGCCGUCAUCAGCGUCAUGGACCAGGACUCCGGCGAGAACGGCAACGUGGACUGCCAAAUCCCCAACAAUGUCCCGUUCCAGCUCCACUCCUCUUUUAAGAACUACUACACUUUAGUGACCAGUGACUUCUUGGACCGGGAGGCGGUGAACGAGUACAACAUCACGCUCACGGCUCGCGACCUGGGCUCGCCUUCUUUAUCCACGCGGAAAACCGUCUUGGUGCAGGUGUCGGACAUUAACGACAACCCCCCGCGGUUCUCGCAGCCGUCCUACACCGUCUACGUGACCGAGAAUAACGCCCCGGGCGCUUCUAUUUGCACCGUGACCGCCUUCGACCCGGAUUCCAACCAGAACGCGUAUCUGUCCUAUUCCAUUCUGGACGGUCAAAUCCAGGGCAUGCCGGUGAACACGUACGUGUCCAUCAACUCGGACAACGGCAACAUUUACGCGCUGCGCUCGUUUGACUACGAACAACUGAGGAACUUCCACAUCCAAGUCCAAGCGCAGGACGCCGGUUUUCCGCCACUCGCCAGCAACGUGACGGUGAACGUCUUUGUUUUGGACCAGAACGACAACGCGCCGGUUGUUGUGUCCCCGCUGCCUAAAAACGGCACCGUGGCCACGGAGGUGGUGCCGCGCUCGGUUGAUGCCGGUUACUUGGUCAUUAAGGUCACGGCCAUGGACGCGGACGCGGGGCAAAACUCCCGCUUGUCCUAUCAGGUGACGCAAGCCACCGACCCGGGGCUGUUCAGCGUGGCUUUGUACACGGGGGAAAUCCGGACUAUCCGCAGGCUGGUGGACAAGGACGCGUACCGACACCGGUUGGUGAUCCAAGUGAAGGACAACGGGCAGCCUCCUCUCUCCGCCACCGUCUCCGUGGUCCUCACGGUGGUGGACAGCGUCCCCGAGUCCUUAUCCGACUACGGCGACCUCACCCUCAGCCCGCAGCCCGCCUCCAACCUCUCCCUCUACUUAAUCGUGUCCCUCAGCACCAUAUCGUUCAUCUUCCUAGUGGCGAUAAUCGUCCUGGCCGCGGUCAAGUGCUACAAGGACCGCGAGACGCUCAGCGGCUACAACCUGCCGCCCUUCGCCUGCUGCUGCUGCGCGGGCUUCCAGCCGGAGCCCCCCGCGGAGGUCUUCAAGAAAUCCAACCUCAACUUGCAGAUUUCCUCCACGGCCAACAAAGUGCCCACCAACUGCGUGGAGGUGAACGGCGGCGGCAGCGUGGCUCAGCCGUACUGCUACAAAGUCUGCUUGACCCCGGAGUCGGCCAAGAGCGACUUCAUGUUUUUGAAGCCGUGCAGCCCGAGCAGCGCGCCGCGCAACAACGAAGCCAAGAGCGCGGAGCACUCGUGGGGGGCGUCGGUGAACAACGGAGCGACCACCCCUAACGAGCUGAAGCAGGCCAACACAGACUGGACCCUCACAAAGAAUCAGCAUUCCUCCAUUAAAAGUUACAACUCCAUCAACAUGGAUGGAACACUCAUGCGCAAGGCCAUGCAUGCAGACCCCGAAAACUACGUCACAUCCAUGGCACCCGGGCAGUACUGGACCUGGGGCACUCAUGCCAGAGGCCCAAAAGGGGAAUACAAGAUGUCUCCAUCAACCACUAGCGUCCCCUCCCGGCCCUGGACUCCGCGGUGCACCCCGCCCCCCCAGCAGCAGCAGCAGCAGCCGUCCAACCCUGUCCACCCUCACCCUCACCCUCACCCUCACCCUCACCCGCACCCGCCGCCUGACUACCACCACAACGUCUACAUCCCCGGGACGCCGUCGGGCUUCUGCACGCUGAGGCCCGCCGUGCAGCGCUGCAGCGACUUGGACGUACACAACUCCUUCUCCACCUUCGGCAAGAAGCGACGCCUCCAGAUGUCCCCCCAGGGGGAGGCCGCCAUGAUCAAUAACGACCUGUACAACGACUGACUAGGAGCGGACGAUUUGAGCGAUGGAAGAAUCAUUUGUUGCGUAAAUUAAUGAACAGUUGGGUCUAUAAGUGGUUGAACAGGUGAGUUUCUGAAAAUAAAUGCUAAAAGCUACGUUUUUCACAGUUAUAGUCGUCCUUCGCCACGUCCGGCUUCAAGUAUUGCGCGUCACUGAUUUAUUGUGGAUAUUUUCAUAUUUUUAAAGCAUAUUCUACAAUUUUUUUGGUGCUAAAUUAAGCAUUUUUAAGCAUAAAAAGGCUAAAUAAAUUUAAAGUAUCAAUACUACAGUUUUAUUGGCUACCAAACCAAUCAGAGCGCGCGGCUCAUUAUGGUGGCCACUGAUUAGCUCCGCCCUUAGGCAGCUUUACCACAGUGCAUCCCAAAAAGUCUUCACAGCGGUUCUCUUUUUCCACAUUUUGCGGUUUUAUUCAGAAAUUGAAUAAUUUCAUUGGUGUUCUCCAAAUUUUACAAUGCGCCAUAAAGACAAUGUGAAAAGUAAAGUAGGAACCAUUCAUUCUAAAUCAAAUAUUUUCAUAGCUAGAGCAUAAAAAAACAUGUUUAAAAUCUUCUAAAUAAGUUUUUCAACAAUAAGAGCGCUCUCUGAUAUUGAUUGAUUGAGUCAGAAAUGGAAUAAUUUCAUUGGUGUUCUCCAAAUUUUACAGACAAUGCGCCAUAAAGACAAUGUGAAAA